AUGUCUGAGAGCCUUCAUGCCCUCGAUGGUUUGACAGUGGGACAGAACUUCGUCCUCACGGACUCACCGGAAGCUCGUUUCGAAGUCUGUGAGUCUGAGCUGGACCCAGGCCGUCCUGAUGGCCACAUUUGGAUCAUUAUAACUCCUGGAGCACCUGACCUGCAGCUCAAGUGCUUGCCGUACUCUGUACCAGAGACGUCGUCCACCAAGCGUAAACCCAGUCGAGCAAAUACUUGCAAUGGUCCUCUUGUAUCAGCGUUACCCCAUUCGUCCUUUCAGAGCUCCUCUCAGUCCUCGGUCAGUUACGCUGCCUACAAUGCCAAGCUCAACAGAAGAGAUGGAGCAGGAGGCUGGUCCCCCAUGGUGACUGACCAAGAGCCCUGGCUCCAGGUGGACCUCAGGGAGCAGAUGGAGGUGACGGCUGUCGCCACACAGGGACGUUAUGACAGCUGGGACUGGGUCAGCAGUUACCUGCUGCUCUACAGUGACACGGGCCGAACCUGGAAACAGUACAGGCAUGAGGACGGAGUCGGGAGGUUUGUCGGGAACGUUAAUUCAGAGGCCGUUGUCCAGAACAAACUGUCCCACCCAGUGAGAACACGCUUCCUGCGUUUCGUCCCUCUCGACUGGAACCCCAGCGGCUGGAUGGGCCUCCGAGUGGAGGUGUACGGCUGCUCCUACAAGUCGUACGUGGCAGACUUCGACGGCAGAAGCUCACUGCUGUAUCGGUUCAACCAGAAGUCCAUGUCGACGGUGAAGGACGUGAUCUCUCUGCGGUUCAAGAGCCAUCAGGCCGAAGGUGUUUUGCUGCACGGAGAGGGGCAGAGGGGAGAUUACAUCACCCUGGAGCUUCACCGGGGAAGACUGGACCUCUACCUCAACUUAGACGACAGCAGGCUGAGGUUCAGCAGCGGCCGUGUUGCUGUCACUGUGGGCAGUCUGCUGGACGACCAGCACUGGCACUCCGUUCACAUAGAGCGCUUCAACAAGCAGGUUAACCUCACAGUGGACUCCCACACACAGCACUUCCAAACCAAAGGAGAAGGACACUCGCUGGAGGUGGAUUAUGAGCUGAGUUUCGGAGGCAUCCCGCUACCCGGUAAACCCGGCACCUUUCUGAGGAAGAACUUCCACGGCUGCAUGGAAAACCUCUACUACAACGGAAUCAAUAUCAUAGACCUGGCAAAGAGACGCAAGCCACAGAUACACAGUGUGGGCAACGUGACCUUCUCGUGCUCGCAGCCCCAGCUGGUGGCUUGCACCUUCCUGAGCUCCAGCAGCAGCUUCCUGUCGCUUCCAUCAGCGGCGGCGUCUGCCACGGGGGGCUUCUCCGUUCGCUUCCAGUUCAGGACGUGGAAUCCAGAUGGGCUGCUGCUUUCCGUGCAGCUGAACCCGGAGCCCCAGAGACUGGAGCUGCAGAUCAGCAACACCAGACUGCAUCUGACCCUUCACAGCUCAGGACAACAGAAGUCAGAGGUCUCCACUGGUCACAGGGUGAGUGAUGGGCUGUGGCACUCAGUGAGUCUGGACACGAGGAAUCUGCAGAUCGCUCUGACCGUGGACGGUCAGCCAUGCUCCACAACUGAACUGUGGGAACAAGCGGAAGCAAGAGGCAACUUUUACUUUGGAGGCUGUCCCACCAUGGACUGCCAGGUCCCCACUCCGACCUUCCAGGGGUGCAUGCGGCUCAUAAUCAUCAACACCCAGCAAAUGAAUCUAAGUCACGUGCAGCAAGGAUUGUUGGGAAAUUAUAAUGAGCUUCAUUUUGACACCUGCAACAUAAGAGACAGGUGCCUUCCUAACCUGUGUGAACACGGAGGCCGCUGCUCCCAGACGUGGGGCUCCUUCUCCUGCGACUGCUCGGGAACAGGAUACUCCGGAGCGACCUGUCACAACUCCAUUUACGAGUCGUCCUGCGAGGCCUACAAGCUGAUUGGCAGCUCCUCGGGCUUCUACUCCAUUGAUCCAGAUGGGAGUGGUCCCCUGGGGCCCACACAGGUAUACUGCAACAUGACAGAGGAGAAGGUGUGGACGGUCGUGGCCCACAACAUCUCAGCUGCAGUCACAGUCCAGAGCUCCUCGCCUCAGAAACCUCACAUCAUGAGGUUCAACUACAGCGCCUCGGCCGAGCAGCUACGCGCCAUCGUGUCGGGGUCAGAGCAGUGCCAGCAGGAAGUGGUGUACAACUGCAGGAAGUCCCGUCUCUUCAAUACAAAAGAUGGCAGUCCGCUGUCCUGGUGGCUGGACCGCGAAGGAGAGAGGAGGAGUUACUGGGGAGGCUUCCUGCCCGGGGUCCAGCAGUGCUCCUGCAGCCUGGAGGAGAACUGCAUCGACAUGAACUACUUCUGCAACUGCGACGCCGAUACAGACGCAUGGGCUAAUGACACGGGAAUCCUCUCCUAUAAAGACCACCUACCAGUCAGCCAGAUCGUGAUUGGAGACACCAACAGAUCGGGCUCGCAAGCCAUCUACCACAUCGGUCCUCUGCGUUGUUAUGGAGACAAGUCUAUAUGGAACGCAGCCUCCUUCUACCAGGAGUCGUCGUACCUCUACUUCCCCACCCUGCAGGCAGAGCUCGCCUCUGAUAUCUCCUUUUACUUCAAGACCAGCGCUCCUUCAGGAGUGUUUCUCGAGAACCUGGGCCUCAAAGACUUCAUCAGAGUGGAGCUCAGCUCUCCCUCAGUGGUGACUUUCUCCUUUGAUGUGGGAAACGGUCCGGCGGUCCUGUCCGUGAAGUCACACCUCCCCCUGAAUGACAGGCAGUGGCACUACGUGAGGGCAGAGCGCAACGUGAGGGAGGCCUCCCUGCAGGUCGACCAGCUUCCCCUCCGCUUCCUGGACGCUCCGGCUGACGGACACCUCCGCUUACGCCUCAGCAGCCAGCUGUUCAUAGGGGGGACGGCGUCCCAGCAGAGAGGUUUCCUGGGCUGCAUCAGGACUCUGACCGUCAACGGCGUGAGCUUCGACCUGGAGGAGAGGGCCAGGAUGACGCCCGGGGUGAGCUCGGGUUGUCCCGGCUACUGCAGCGGCUCCAGCAGCCUCUGCCACAACAGAGGGAGGUGCAUCGAGAAGAGCAACGGCUACGUGUGCGACUGCUCCCAGUCCGCCUACGGGGGCACCACCUGUAACCAAGAGGUGUCGGUGUCCUUCGACAGAGAGUCCUCGGUGACCUACACCUUCCAGGAGCCUUUCUCAGUGAUGCAGAACAGGAGCUCGCAGGCCACCAGUGUUUCCACAGAGAGCAGCAGCAGGGCCAGAGAGGACGUCGCCUUCAGCUUCGUCACCUCCCAGAGGCCGGCCAUGCUGCUGACCGUCAGCACCUUCAGCCAUCAGUACAUCGCCGUCAUCCUGGCCAAAAACGGGAGUCUGCAGAUCUGGUAUCACCUUCAGACAGACAGGAGUCCAGAUGUGUUCAGCCCCGCUCUCAGCAACCUGGCAGACGGGCGUCUCCAUCGGAUCAGGAUCCACAGAGUCGGCAAAAACCUCUACGUUCAGAUCGACCAGGACAUCCACAGAAAGUAUAUGCUGUCAUCUGAUGCAGAGUUGAUCUUAAUCAGAUCCUUGACAUUGGGCAAAGUCACCAGGAGGGAGAACCUCAACGAGGAAGUGAUGCAAGCGGCUUCUAAAGGUUUCAUUGGCUGCCUCUCCUCGGUCCAGUUCAAUCACGUGGCGCCGCUGAAGGCAGCGCUGACGAACCGGGGAAGCUCACUGGUCACCAUCCGCGGUCCACUGGUUCAGUCAAAUUGUGGAGCUCUGGCAGAGUCCACUUCACACACUCUGCAAGAUCAAGCAGUAACAGCCAAUAAAGAUAAAGAGCCGCGUGGCAAUGGCACCCAGAAGGAUUUGGCAGUGAUCGCAGGUGUGGUCACGGCCGUGGUUUUCAUCGCCGUGUGCGCUCUGGCCGUGAUGAGCCGCCUCCUCUACCAGCAGCGGCAGGCCCAGGCGAGCGGCGGCGGCGGCGGCGGCGGGAGCAGCGGCAGCAUCAAAGAGGAGCACAGACACAGCAUGUACACAGACUACAGGACAGAGCUGCACCUCCACAACUCAGUCAGGGACAACAUGAAGGAGUACUACAUCUGA